AUGGCCCUGGGGGGCUGCGAGCGGCCGGGGGUCCGACGGGCGCCGGCCAUGCGCGCGCUGGCAGGCCUCUGGGUCCUCAGCCUCCUCCCCUGUGGCGAGCCGUCCUGGGCACGCAGCCGCGAGGACCAGGACGCUGAACCCAGGCCGCAGCCCGGCGCUCCCGCCAGCUCCCGGCCGCACCUCAUCUUCAUCCUGGCCGAUGACCAGGGCUUCAGGGACGUGGGCUACCACGGCUCGGAGAUUCGGACCCCCACUCUGGACAGGCUCGCGGCCGAAGGGGUCAAACUGGAGAACUACUAUGUCCAGCCUAUUUGCACACCGUCCAGAAGUCAGUUUAUUACUGGAAAGUACCAGAUACACACCGGACUGCAGCACUCGGUCAUCCGGCCCUCGCAGCCCAGCUGCCUCCCCCUGGACAAUGCCACGCUGCCCCAGAAGCUGAAGGAGCUGGGCUACUCCACACACAUGGUGGGCAAGUGGCACCUGGGGUUUUACCGGAGGGAGUGCAUGCCCACCAGGAGGGGCUUUGACACCUUCUUCGGCUCCCUCCUGGGGAGCGGGGACUACUACACACACUACAAAUGCGACGGCCCCGGGGCGUGCGGCUACGACCUGUAUGAAAACGACCGUGCGGCCUGGGGCCACGACGGGGGCGUGUACUCCACACACCUGUACACGCAGAGGGUGCAGCAGAUCCUGGCUUCCCAGGACCCCCGGAAGCCUCUGUUUCUGUACCUCGCCUACCAGGCUGUCCACUCCCCGCUGCAAGCCCCCAGCAGGUACCUGGAGCGCUACCGGUCCAUCGCCAACGUGAACAGGCGCAGGUACGCGGCCAUGCUCUCCUGCCUGGACGAGGCGGUCCGCAACGUGACGCUGGCUCUCAAGGCGCACGGCUUCUACCACAACAGCAUCCUCAUCUACUCUUCGGACAACGGCGGCCAGCCCGCCGCAGGGGGCAGCAACUGGCCCCUCAGGGGCAGCAAAGGGACCUACUGGGAAGGGGGCAUCCGGGCUGUGGGCUUCGUGCACAGCCCCCUCCUGAAGAACCGGGGCACGGUGUGCAAGGAGCUCGUGCACAUCACCGACUGGUACCCGACGCUGAUCGCGCUGGCCGAAGGGCAGAUCGACGAGGACGUUCACCUGGACGGCUACGACGUCUGGGAGACCCUCAGCGAGGGCCUGCGCUCCCCCCGGGAAGACAUCCUGCACAACAUCGACCCCAUCUACACCAAGGCGAAGCACGGCUCCUGGGCGGCGGGCUACGGCAUCUGGAACACGGCCAUCCAGUCGGCCAUCAGGGUGCGGCACUGGAAGCUGCUCACGGGCAACCCCGGCUACAGCGACUGGGUCCCCCCUCAGGCCUUCAGCAACCUGGGCCCCAACCGGUGGCACAACGAACGAGUCACCUUGUCCGCUGGCAAGAGCGUGUGGCUGUUCAACAUCACGGCCGACCCCUACGAGAGAGUGGACCUCUCCGGCAGGUACCCCGGCAUCGUGCGGCAGCUGCUCCGCCGGCUGUCCCGGUUCAACAGGACCGCGGUGCCCGUCAGGUACCCGCCCGGAGACCCGCGCAGCAACCCCCAGCUCCACGGCGGGGUCUGGGGGCCCUGGUACAAAGAGGAGAGCGAGGGAAGGAAGCCACGCAAACAUAAGGCCAAGGGUAAGCGAAAGAACAGGAAGAUGAAGAGGAGGCCGCAGGAAGCCGGCGCGGGCCCCCCGUGUGGCCGGGGGGCGUCCCGGGGGUGA